AUGCCAAGACGAAAAAAUUGUGAACAUCCAAUAAAGCAUGGAAAAUCUGCACGUAUACCAAAAGGAGUAGUAGCUGUGUCAUCAGAGCUAUCGAAAUUUUUGAUAACUCAAUAUGAUGUGGCUUGCACUCGAAUUUGUUGGUUAUGUCCAAGAUGUCAUGCAUUUGAAUCGAAGAAAAUGAUGACUCAUCAAUCAAUGGAAUGCACGAAUGAUGAAAGUUCAAGUGAUAAUGAAGUCAUGUUAGAAGGUUCUCCUGACCAUAAUGACGAAGAUGAUGAUAAUGCUGUCAAUGUGGAAUUUAAUGAUCUGAAUGAAGAAGAGAAAGAAAAUCCUCAUAUGGACAGUGGUAUUAUAGCUGAGUCAAAUGACGAUGAUGAAUCACCACGUGCUGAUGAAAUAACUGAUCCUGAAUCGAUGGAAGAAGAGACAGAUCAUGUCUUGUAUGAAAUCAAACACCAAAAAGACAAAGCAAUGAAAGAAUUAGCAAAGAUAUUCGAACUAUUGAACAUAGAACCGAUCCAUGACAGAUCAGCAGUAUUACCGAUUCGAGCAAAAGUCGAUGAGGUGUAUAGUAGACUCAAUAGUUUAUGUGACAUAUUAGAUGGAAAGUCUCAUGCUUCGCCUGAUCCAAAUCCUCAUGGACUAAGAAUAUGUGAAUCAAAUGAACUUUUGGACGGUUUAAAAAAGUUAUAUGCGGAUAGUGAUGCUAGUGAACAAGUUCGUUUGAUGACAAUUGCUCCCAAAGGAUGGGGUCGACUAAAAAUUGAAAAAUGGUUUCAAUCAAAGCCAAAUCAGGCUCGACGAUCGCGUUUUCUUCGAAAAAAUAAUGGAGUACUAGCUUAUCCACAAUGUCUACGGGGGAAUAUGUCUUUGCCUGAUUCAACAAUUGAUGCAGUUGUCAAGUUCUAUUGUGAAGAUGGUAUCAGUCGAAUGUCAUCCAAUUCCAAAGACACAAUUAAAAUCAACGGACAACCAGUAGCAGUUCGGUUUUUGGAAAUGACUGUAUUGGAUGCUUAUCAAAUAUUCAAUGAACGACAUCCUGGAGCUGUUGCAAGAUCAACUUUCAAUGUUCUUCGACCACGAGAAGUAAAGACUGCUACACCACAUGACACGUGUUUAUUACAGGCAUGGAACAACUACUAUCGAAAAUGUGCCAGUGUAGGUUCUUUAUCAACUACUAACAAGGUCAAUAUGAAGGAUCUGAUCACUCAAAUCGUUUGCACUGUCUCGAAUGAAAAGUGCUUUAAUGGUGAAUGUGAUAGUUGUCCAACGGCAAGCAUCACAAAUAUUCUCACAGAUACCAAUAUGAUCGAUUUGGAUGAUGAAUGUUCAUGGAAUUUAUGGAAGAAAGUCAAUAACAAGUUCGACCUUCAACAGAUGUCUGGCUCAAUUGACUCUUUAUUAACAGAAAUUGAAGAAAAAUGGUCUUCAUUCUUGCUUCACACACACAUUAAUCGCGAACGACGUGAAUAUAUCAAAGAGUUGCGCUGUCAAUCAACAGAAAAGACUUUCGUUGUUGCUCAGAUCGAUUUUUCUAUGAAUUAUACGCUGAUACGUCAACGUGAAGUUCAGCAAGGAUUUUUCAGUUACCAUCAAGCCACCUUAUUUACAAUCCAUCUAACCAUUGGAAAAGAACAGAGAAAUUUAGCAGUUAUUAGUAAUUACAUGGAAUAUACAACGUCUUUUGUGCACUGUGCACAAAAAAUUCUUACCGAAUUCAUCAAGAAAAACUUUCCAUUGGUAAAGAAGAUCAAUUAUGUGAGUGAUGGUGCAUGUGCCCACUUUAAAAACAAUGCAAGCAUUUUGAACUUGAUUUAUCAUAAGAAAGACUUCGAUUUGGACGCUUGUUGGACUUUUACAGCUACAGGUCAUGGAAAAGGUGCUGGUGAUGGUAUCGGUGCAGUACUGAAGUCCAUCGCCAGACGUGCUACACUUUCCAAAAACAUCCUCAUGACAAAUGCAAAAGACUUCUACGAAUUCUCACAAAAACAACAGCUUGAAACAGCAAGAAGAUCUAGCAAAGAUAUUCCUGGUGUUCAUGUUUUCUUUCUUGAAUCAGAUGAAGUAGAAGAAGCUAAGAACAAUUGUCUGAAAGCUAGAAACGAAAAACUUCGCGCAACAGGUACAAUAAAAGGAAUUCGAACUAUGCAUGAAUUCCAACCGAUCAGCAACUCAAUGGUUCAAUAUAGUAUGACAUCUCGGUCAACACAGUUCAGGACAUUUGCAUUUAAAUAA